AUGCCUUCCGCUACGGGUACAAAGCGCGUGAGGGGAGUCUCUGUAUUCCGCCCAUUCGUUUUCGGCAGCGAAGCGCAACCGUUCGAUCCAGCGAAGAAACCGGCGCAGGUGCCAGCGGACCACACGCACCAAUGGCGGGUGUUCGUGAAGGGGGUCAACGGCGAAGACAUCUCGUACUGGCUCAAGAAGGUCCAAUUCAAGCUGCACGAGACGUACGCGCAGAACGUGCGGACGAUCGAGCAGCCCCCGUUCGAGGUCACGGAGACCGGGUGGGGUGAGUUCGAGAUCCAGAUCAAGCUGUACUUCGUGCCCGAAUCCAACGAAAAGCCUCAGACGCUCUGGCACAGCUUGAAGCUCCACCCCUACGGCGAUGACGCGGAGGGCAAGAAGGAACGGCGCGAGAUGGUGACCAGCCAGAACUACGAGGAGGUCGUCUUCAAUGAGCCGGUGGAGCAGUUCUAUGAGCUCCUGACCGGCGGGCCGGCGGCGGCGCAGCCGCAGAAAGGGAAGGGCGGGAAAAAUACCAAGCAGGCUCAGCAGCAGAAGAAUGGACGGACGGCUGAGAUUCCGCUCAACAAAACCCCGGGCAACGAAUACAGCAAAGUGGGCGAGGCGAGUGAAAUGGACCGUCUGGCGGAGGCGAAUAAGACGGUCGAGCAGAUGAUCAAGCAGGAAAAGGAGAGGCUUAUUGAGCGCGAGAAGAGACUCGCCGAGUUGCGCGCCAGCGAAGGCGUUCCGGCGAUCACUAAGAAACGCUAA